UGGGCGUGCUUGGGAAAUGACAACAGUUUUGCUCGUUUUAGUUUGAUAUCAGCAGUUGAAGUUCACAAUGACGAUCGAUUCACGGGUUGAGGCGAGAGAGUUUAAUACCACAGGUUGGGUCUUGAUGCUGCUGAAUUUCUGUGUUAACAUGUUGUGGGGAUGCACUUUUAAAAGCAUAGGUGUGCUUCUGCCAGUUCUUACUGAUCAGUUCAGCGCCGACACGUGGAUAAUUGGCACAGUGGCAUCACUUACAUCUGUUGCUGCGGACGUAUCAGGUCUACUUGCCGCACCUCUGGAGAAUAAGUUUGCUACCCGCUGGGUGCUAACCAUGAGUGCACUAAUGGUUAGUUUGGGUUGGUUUGUGGUGUCCUUUGCAACAAGUGUCGUGCACAUCGCUGGAUCCUUGAUUGUUUUUGUUGGAGCGGGAAUGGGUAUCUUAAACGUUUUGAGUAAAGCUUUUCUGGCGAGGCAUUUCCGUAAGAACACCACGCUAGCCUACGGUCUGAGCAACACAGGAAAUGCAGUGGCCCUUCUUGUUUUUGCACCGAUGACUCAGCUGUUUCUUGAUACCUACGGCUGGAGAGGAGCAACGUUGCUGGUCGCAGGAGUUUGCGCCAACUCCAUACCCUGUGCUGCUCUUGUCCGAGUGACCAAAAAAUCGUCCUAUCAGCCCCUGUCAUGUUCAAAUGAAGACGAGACAGCCUCGCUCGAGACGAAGAGCUGCCACUCGUACAUCGGAACUUUGUGUGCAGGCCUCUGGAAGGUUGCAGGUUUUGGAAUAGUCUUUGAAUUAAAUUUUAUCAUACUGUACCUAUGCCGCUUUUCAAUGAAUAUUGCCUACAACAGCUGGAUGGUGUAUUUUGUACCACAUCUUCAGGCCAAGGGCUUCUCACCACAAGUAGCUGCUGCUCUGUGCGUUCCACCGGCCAUUGCGUACUUUAUUGGGACAAGUGUCUGGGCGCCAUUUAUAGACCGAGGUCUCGUCAGGUGCUCCUCGGGUAUUGUCAUUAGUAGCCUUGUUUUAGCUGCGUCCUUUAUAGUGGAUCCGUGGGUGGACGGCGACGUGGGUACGGCCGUCAACAACGUCCUCUUCGGGUUGUCCAUUUCGGCCUUGUACACCCUCGGUGAUAUCUUGACGAAGGAACGUUUCGGAAUGGAUCGACUAACGUCUGUGUUUGCGUGGGUCAGAGCCUUCGGAUUUUUGCCUCGGCUUCUGGGUGGCUUUUUCCCAGGCUGGAUGUAUGAUACAACAGGGACUUAUGACGUAGCGUACGUCGUCAUUGGCUCCUCGUCAAUUCUCACCCUUAUUCCGCUUGUCGUCCAACAACUCUGGAAAAGCCACCUGGAAAAAAGGUCACAGUCUGCAUAGUUAAUGGUGUAGUCCACCAUUGAUGUUUCCUGACGAUUUGAUAAUUACAAUGUUCAGUUAAUCUGGUUCCUUGGUCGUAUAUAAUGGAAUACUUGAGGAUAUUCCCACAUAUAUCACAGCCAAUAAUUUGAACCCGAAAGAUACAUAAAUUAAAAAACCCUGAACAUAUGAUAUGAAUUUGCGCUGUGGUAUGACCUCCGAAUUUAAAGAAACUAUGGUUACUGUAGUAACUAGAUGUAAGUUCGGUCCUUAUGUUGAAAAUUAUAUGCGGACCAUUGUAUUAAUUUGGGAUCCGACGCGUGACAAAUUUUCUGUUUCAGUCACACUUGACCUGUGCAAUUUGACAAGAGAUAUCAAUGAAAUUGAUUUCAAACCAUUUUCUAUUUGUUUGGCUAGUGAGCCUAAUUAUUCUCAAUUAAUGAAAGCGUUCUCGGGUUACAAAAUCCCACGCCAGAUGUCACACUGGAAGAUGUGUGGACCGGAAAAAAUUGGACCUAAAUUUAUAGAGUGACCCAUAGAUAUAGGUCUGUAGUUCAUAGGUAUAGUGCACAAACAUGUUGAAAUGCGAACGGAGCAGUAUUGGCUUUUUGUUCAUAAACGUGAACAUAAAUCAAAGGCUUGGUGGUAUUCAUUCGACAUGUAUACGGAGAUACAUACACUUAGUGUGGUCAGAUUGAUUGACUAUUUAUACCCACAUCAGCUCGGUAAACUUCUUUUCACUAUUUUGUUAUCCAACGGAACAGUGAGAUUUGAUGUUUCUUUUUUCUUCGGCCUACUAUAAUGUGACCUUUAAGCAUAAAAUGAGCUUAAAAUCGGACUCUUGUAUGAAUUUGGUUGUGUAAAUUUCGAUGUCCGGUUUAUGGAAAAUAAAAGCAUUCCAGCGGUACAUAACAUUCUGAGGUUCA